AUGUAAAAAAUAACCCCUUAAUCCACUUUUAAUAUAAACAUAGGUUUAUUUAUAAAUUUAAUUACAAAAUAAAAUAAAAAUAUAUAUAAAAAUAAACAAUUAAAAGGUGUAUUAGGACAUAUAGAUAGUGGAAAAACCAGUUUAUCAAAAGCUUUAAGUAAAAUAACAUCUACAGCAUCUUUAGAUAAAAAUCCUUAAAGCUAAGAGCGAGGUAUAACCCUAGAUUUAGGUUUUUCGGCUUUUUUCACACGAAAUCCUGAAAAAUUUCGGGAAUAAUUAAAAGCUGAAUAUUUAUAAUUCACACUCGUAGAUUGCCCUGGACAUGCAUCAUUAAUAAAGACAAUAUUAGGAGGUGCAUCCAUAAUAGAUAUAAUGUUUUUAGUAAUUGAUAUAAACAAAGGAAUUUAAACAUAAACUGCUGAAUGUUUAGUUAUUGCUGAACUUUUAAUAUAGAAAUUAAUUGUGGUUUUAAAUAAAAUAGAUACAAUAUAACCUAUAGAAAAACGAGAAGAAAUAAUAAUAAAAAAAAAGGAAUAGUUGCAGAAAGUAUUUUAAAAAACUAAAUUUGGUUAAAAUGUUCCUAUAAUUCCAGUUUCAGCAGUCGAAAAUGAAAAUAAAAAUAUGUAGUUGUUAAUUGAUUGUCUUUUAGAUUAAAUAGAAAUACCUAAAAGGAAUAAAGAUGGUCCUUUUUAUUUUUUAAUAGACCAUUGUUUUCCUAUUAAAGGCAAAGGAAGUGUCAUUACAGGUACUGUUAUUUAAGGUUCGCAUACUUCAGGCUAAGAAGUCGAAUUUCCAUUAAUAAAAUAAACAAAAAAAUCCAAGUCAAUGCAAAUGUUCAAAAAACCAGUAAAUUAGAUUAUUUAAGGAGAUCGUGCAGCCAUCCUUUUUACAUAAUUAGACCAUAAUUUAAUUGAAAGAGGAAUAGCAUGCACACCAGGAAUAGCUUAAUUUACUAAAUAUUCAAUUAUUCCUGUAUUUUUUUUAUAAAAGUUAUAUAUAAUUAUAUACAAAGGUUAAUAAAGUAAAUUACUUCAAAUAUCCGAUAAAAUCUAAAGGAAAAUACCAUAUAACAACCUGUCAUUUUACAUGUAUGGGUAGCAUAAAAUUAUUCAAACAUGA